UCAAGGCUAGUGCGGCAUCUGCACGGGUGCGAGUGCACCGGCUUCAUUUUCUUGCUUGACACGGAGCGCGGCUUUCCAUCUGUCAAUCGUACGGUGGCAGCUUUCCUGGUGCACCAUUACAACGCUAGUGUGCACUGUUGACCAGAAAUGCCACCCGAAGCAAUCAUCAACCUGUCGGGCAAGGUAGCCAUCAUAACGGGUGCAACCUCGGGCAUUGGCUGGAGCACGGCCAAGCUGUUUGCGAAGCUUGGAGCUCGGUUAUCGCUAAACGGCCGGAAAGACGACAAGCUCAAGCUCAUCACAGAAGAGUGCCAGCAGUAUAUGCCAAAAGAUGUCAAAAUUCUACAAACCCCCGGCGACCUCACGGAUACUCAGUUAGCCGAAACUCUCGUUGAAUCUACGAGCAAAAAGUUUGGUAAAAUUGAUAUUCUGGUCAAUUGUGCCGGCAUAAUCGCCAAUGGGAGCAUUGAAAACACAUCUCUUGAACAGUACGACGAAAUGUUUGCCAUUAACGUUAGGUCCGUGUUCCACUUAAUGACACUGGCUGUGCCGCAUCUGAUCCUCAGCAAAGGGAACGUUGUCAACGUGUCUAGUGUCACUGGCAUCAGAUCGUUUCAAAAUGUGCUGGCCUACUGCAUGUCCAAAAGUGCAGUUGAUCAGCUAACCCAUUGUUCUGCCCUAGAGCUGGCGAGCAAGCAAGUCAGGGUGAAUGCUGUAAACCCCGGAGUAGUGCUCACCGAGCUGCAGAAGCGUGGAGGCAUGACUGACGAGUCCUAUGCCGCGUUCUUGGAACACUCAAAGACGACUCACCCGUUAGGCCGAGUUGCCAAUCCCGACGAGGUAGCCAAGGCUAUUGCAUUUCUGGCAUCGGACGCUGCUUCAUUCAUCACCGGAGUCACGCUACCGGUGGAUGGUGGCCGACACGCAACUUGCGCUCGAUAGCAUUGUGGAAGCACUGGAGGCCGGCUUUCCUCUCUUCCCCCACUGUGAUUGAUGUGGGAAACCCACUACUGCUGCUGAGAGGAGAAUUUGUGGACAGAUUUUUUAGUCGUUCUUUCUUCUAGUUUAUUUGUUGUUUCGCUUAUUUAAGUUCGUGGCUUAAUUCAAAUGAAUAUAUGUAGUUUACAAAUGUCU